CUGGUUUGAUCACUGCGCGCUGUUGACAGUCGAGUCGCUGGUUUGCUGGCGAUUAAACGGCGUUCAGCGGCAGCGGGCUGUCGUUAUUCGGUACCGGUGGUGUCGGUUAACAGGGAUCACUUUAAACAUGUCCACUUGACCCGUCCUGAGCGAUAGUAAUGUCCUCACGAGUUCGUGAGGCGGCCGAUUGUCAUUCGGACUUAGCUCGCGCUCGCUUAGCCGCCACAGGCUAAUUAAUUAACCGACAGUGUGUCAGAAAUACUCGCUCCAGAUCACCGAAAACACCGUGGAAACGCCUCCAGUCGAAGCACUCGAAGAACGAACUCUACUACUGGACCUGCGCCGUUUUACCGGGCCGAAUGAACGCGAGGGAUUAACGGCAGGUGGAGCUGCGUCGUUUGAGUGUGUAUGAGUGAGUGAGGACGUCGUGCAGGAUGCUGGAAAACUGAGAACACACACUUUCACCAUGACGCUCCCUCCGCCCUCAGAUCAGCCAUAGAAACACACACACACGCUGAAGGACACACACCAUCACACUACAGCCCCAGUGCGCUCUGGGUUUGUGCGGUGUGUGUAGUGUGCACUUUUAAGGCAUCAUGUCAGUGGUGUUCCCUGCAGACGGGAUGCAGGAGGGCGACGUCCCUCUGGCUGCUGACGCUCCCGCUGGCAUCCGUGGGAAAAACAGCCCAUCUGCAAACUCUAAAGACUGCAACACAGACAACACAGAACCAGACGACAACCUGUCACAGGACGCACAGCGACGCUGCCAGAAUCACGGACACACUAGGAAACGAGCCAAGUCUAAUGCCAAGCUGAAGCUGGUAAGGAGUCUUGCAGUGUGUGAAGAAUCUUCAGGGCCCUUUUCAGCCGAUGGUCCUCUAGAAUCACAGGACAUCAUUCAGCUUCACAUCAGCUGUCCAUCAGAUAAAGAGGAGGAGAAAUCCUCUAAAGAUGAGUCUGAGAAUGAGGAGAGGGAAAAGAAGGAUAAAACCCCACGCAAGAUGCUCUCGCGCGACUCCAGUCAGGAAUACACUGACUCCACAGGGAUUGAUGUGCACGAGUUCCUGGUGAACACACUGAAAAACAACCCUAGAGACAGAAUGAUGCUGCUGAAGCUGGAACAGGACAUACUGGAGUUCAUAAGUGACGAGAAUAAUCAGUAUAAGAAGUUUCCUCAGAUGACCUCAUACCAUCGCAUGCUGCUGCAUCGAGUCGCUGCAUACUUCGGCAUGGACCACAAUGUGGACCAAACGGGAAAAGCGGUCAUAAUCAACAAGACCAGCAACACACGCAUCCCCGAGCAGCGCUUCUCUGAGCACAUUAAAGACGAGCGCAACAUGGACUUCCAGAAGAAGUUCAUCCUGAAGAGAGACGACGCCAGCAUGGACAAAGAUGAUAACCAGAUCCGCGUCCCGCUGCAGGACGGCCGUCGCAGUAAAUCCAUCGAGGAGCGAGAGGAAGAGUACCAGCGUGUCAGAGAUCGCAUUUUUGCACGAGAGUCCUCACAGAACGGAUACAUCAAUGAUAACAGACUGUCCACUGACGGCUACUCCUCAUCCUCCCAAAAGCGGAGGCAGAUUUUUAGGGGGAACCGGGAGAGCUCGAGCCGGGCGUCCAGCAGCCGUCAGAGCAGCACAGACAGUGAUAUGAAGAGUCUGGAGCCGCGUCCGUGGAGCAGCACAGACUCCGACAGCUCCAACCGCACGCUCCGACCGCCCGUCACUAAAGCCAGCAGCUUCAGCGGCAUCUCCAUCCUCACACGCGGAGACAGCCUGGGCAGCAAGGGCUCGCAGGGCAGCGCCAGGGGCUCACGCACAGGUCUUCCCACAAUCACUCCGGAUCUCUGUCCUCCAUCACAGCAGGGCCGUGGGCUCCUGCCGUGUCCCCAAAACUGCCCGUCUGGAGCCCCGCAGGCCCCAAACCAACCACCGGCCCCGCCGCUGCUGCCCACCCCGACACACACACACGCCAUCAGCGCACACAAUCACAUGAUGCCUCAGCCGGUGGCGUCUCUGCAGGCGUCUGCGCAGGCUGUGUCUUAUUCAAACCCUUCGUGCCCUCAGGUCCUCCUGCCUGUUUCUCCUUCCCAGCAGUACAACAUGGGAGAUGAGCUGACUGCAGGUUUCGGGCAGAUGUCUCUCAGCCGCCAGGGCUCCAGCGAGGCACCAGAGCCGCCCAGCCUUUACCAGCCUCCGCCCACCGUAUUGACCCAGCAUCCUCCACCACAGCCCAGCUACAUCAUGCCCCCUCCGCCCUCUGGAUACCAGCCUGCUGCUCCGCAUACACACACACACCCGCCUCCACCGCCACCACCGCCAGCACAACCCAUCCUGCAGACAGCACCGCCUGCACAGGGAUACAUGCAGCCACCUCCACCACCACAACAGAUCCAGGUUCAGUAUUACUCCACCGCUGGUCAGUUUCCUCCGUCAGGUCAGCAGUUUCGCUCCAUCUCUCAUCAGGUGUCGUUUCCCACACAGCGCUCGCAGCCGCUGCCGCCGCCGGCUCCACCCUCCGCUCCGCUUCAGCCCAUGAUGACCAAUCAGCAGCCAGCGUACCAGGGCAUGAUGGGAGUUCAGCAGCCGCAGAGCAGCAGUAUGAUGAACACACAGCGCUCAGCCAUCAACGGACAGAUGACGGGCAUGAUGGUGCAGUACCCACCCAUGCCCUCCUAUCAGGUUCCAGUAGCCAAUGAGGGUCAGCCAGUGGUGCAGCAGCAGUACCAGCAGCCCGUCAUGGUUCCUGCCAAUCAGUCUGUACAGGGAGCUAUGCCCACUGCUGCGCCCAUGCCCGUUUACUACAGCGUCCUCACACCCACACAGCAGAACAGCACAAGUGCAUCGGUGGGUUACCUGCAGCCGCCCAGUUCAGAGCAGUACCAGAUGACCCAGUCUGCCUCCCCCUGCAGCCCUCAACCUAUCCAGCAGCAGUAUUCAGGAGUUCCUCCUCCGGGUCCUGGUGUCAUGGUCAUGCAGCUCAGUGUUCCUAAUGGACCGCAGCCGACCCAGAAUCCUCCACUGGUGCAGUGGAACCCCUGCAAAUACUACAGCAUGGAGCAGAGAGCCAGCAAACCCGAGCCGCAGGUAAGCAGUCCGCUGGCGUCUCCCACUCAGUCUCCAGCUCCGUCUCCAUCUGGCAGUGUGAACAGUGUGUGUCCUGGUCUCGGCCCACUGCCGCUCAUCUCUCAGUUCCCUCGGCCUGGUGGCCCAGCACAAGACGGCCGCUACUCUUUACUGGGGCAGCCGCUGCAGUACAGCCUGUGUCCUCCUCCCAUCAUGCACAACCACAACCAGUCCUCCUACAGCUCCCAUCAGUGUGUGUGUGUGUUUGCUCAGAAUCAGGGAGUGAUGAAGCACGGAGCGCGGGGUAAACGACAAACGCUCAAAUCUGCCUCUACAGACCUCGGGACUACUGAUAUGGUGGUCAGUCGGGUGUUGGAAGUGACGGAUCUCCCAGAAGGCAUCUCUCGUCCUGAGGCUGAGAAACUCUUCAAUCAGCUCUCGCUCUGCGGCGCCAAGAUCCAGUGGCUGAAGGACCCUCAGUGUCCCCGAGGCCCUGGCGGCGGGCGUGGGGACGGCAGUGACCCCGCACACCUCUACACUGUAGUGGCCGUGUUUCCCAACACCAUGGCGGCCCAGAACGCAUCCUUCAAACUCAACAACAGCGGCGGCGGCCUGUUCAAGCUGCGCGCCGCCAAAAAAAACUAUGACCUGCGCGUGCUGGAGAGAGCCAGCUCACAGUGAGAGACCCACAAGGAGGAGAUCAUCCCGCUGUUCCUUACACACUCACUUUAUAUUACUUUACUUUCUGUCAUUGACUGAAGAGCACAUAAUGAGACACAUGCCGAUCGUAGGACACGCACAAACACACACACACACAAGCUGGUGGCUUAAAGGGACAGUACAGAACACUGCAAAACAAUAGAGUUUCUUCCUUUGUGGCUUGUUUAUAGUAUAAAUAUCGAUAGAUUCUUAAAUCAAGAUGUUUUUCUAGACGAGAAUUUGAGUUAAGUCAAAAUGAAGCGAGGUUUUCUUUAAAACAAGCUAAAAUAAUCUGACAAUGGGGGAAAAUUAAUUUAGAUUUAAGAUCGUUUUCCUUACUGCAUUGGCAGAAAACUCUUCAUUUUGACUCAUUAGUUCUGAAAACAAGACUUUUUUUUGCUUGUUUAGAAAAUGCUGCUUGAUUUUAAGAUUGUUUUGACAUUUGGACUACAUUCAGGACAAAAGCACGUUCUUUCUAGGUGUUUUUGGCUUGUUUUUGGUACAAAUGUAAAAAUUGGGAAAUCAAGAUGUUUUUCUAGACAAGUACAGAAUUUGUGUUUUGUUUUUUUAGAAAUAAUAAAUCAAAAUGAAGCAAGUUUUUCUUUAAAUCAAGCUAAAUAAUCUGACAACGGGGUAAGAAAAAUAGUCUUGUUUUUCAUUUUGACAUAAGAUCAUUUGCAUUGGCAGAAAACUCUUCAUUUUGACUCAUUAUUUCUGAAAACAAGACUUUUUUUAUGCUUGUCUAGAAAAUGCUUCUUGAUUUAAGAUUUUUUUGAUAUGUGGACUAGAAUCAAGACAAAAGGACAUUCUUUCUUAGUGUUUUUGUCUUGUUUUUAGUUCAAAUAUCUAUAAAUUGUAAAGUCAAGACGUUUUUCUAGACAAGUACAGAAUUUGUGUUUUGUUUUUCAAAGUCAAAAUGAAGCGAGUUUUUCUUUAAAACAAGCCAAAUAAUCUGACAAUGGGGUAAGAAAAUAGUCUUGUUUUUCAUUUUGAUAUAAGAUAAUUUUCCUUACUGCAUUGGCAGAAAACUCACUUCAUUAUGACUCAUUAUUUCUGAAAACAAGACUCUGUUUUGAUUGUUUAGAAAUGCUGCUUUAUUUUAAGAUUUUUUUUUUAUACCUGAACUAGAAUCAAGACAGAAGCAUAUGCUUUUUUUGGUGCUUUUGUCUUGUUUUUAGUAUACAGAAAUUUAGUACAGAGUUUGUGUUUUGUUUUUUUAGAAAUUACAAGCCAAAAUGAAGUGAGUUUUUCUUCAAAACAAGCAAAAUAAUCUGACAAUGGGGUAAGAAAGGUAGACAAGUAAAGUAGACAUAAUGCUGUUUUUAGGCAUAAUGCUGGUAAUGCUGUUUUUCAUUUUGACAUAAAGUUGUUUUCCUUACUGCAUUGGCAAAAAAACUCACUUAUUUCUGGCUUAUUAUUUUUGAAACCAAGACUGUUUUUGCUUGUCUAGAAAAUGCUGCUUAAUUUAAGAUUUUUUUAUAAUAUUUGGACUAGAAUAGAGUGUUUGUCUUGUUUAUAAUAUAAAUAUUAACAAAUUGUGAAAUCAAGACAUUUUUCCAGUAAAAGUAAAGAAUCUGUGCUGUGUUUUUAGAAAUUAUGAGUCAAAAUAAAGUGAGUUUUUCUUCAAAACAAGCCAAAUAAUCUGACAAUGGGGGAAGUAAAAUAAGCUUGUUUUUCAUUUUGAUAUAAGAUUUUGACACGUUUUUCCUACUCCAUUGGCAGAAAACUCACUUAAUUUUGACUUCUCAUUUCUGAAAACAAGACUUCACUGCUUGAUUUCAUAAUUUUUUGAUAUGUGGACUAGAAUCAAGACAAAAGCAAAUUCCUGUCUUGGAAUUUUAGUAUAAAUAUCUAAAUAUUUUUCUAGUCGUUAAGUAAAGAAUUUGUGUUUUGUUUUCUGAAAUGAUCAGUCAAAAUUAAGUUUAAAACAAGCCAAAUAGUCUUAUCGGCCAAUGGAGAAAGCGGAAUAAUGUUAUGCUAAAAGGAAAAAAACUUUUAUUUUGCUUAAAAUGUUUUGGGAUUUUCUUAAAAAUGCUUCUUGAUCAUUUAUUUUUAUUGCUUAUAACAAGUUAAAUAAUCAGACAGUGGAGAAAGCAGAAUAUUACGUCACGUCUCAAUGAAAAACAAGAUUAGUUUGCUUUCCCCAUUGGCAGAUUAUUGAUCUUGUUUUAAGGAAAAACUCAUUUAAUUUUGACUCAUUAUUUCUGAAAACUAGACUUUAGUUUUUGCUUGUCUAGAAAAUGCUUAUUGAUUUAAGAAAUUGUAGAUAUUUAGAUUUAAAACAAGACAAAAACUCUAAGAAAAGCAUAAAAUAAAGUAUUUUCAUAGUGUUUUUGUCUUCUUUAUAAUACAGAUCUUAAAUCAGGAAGUGUUUGGUGGCUCGUGUUGUUUUCAGGAAUAUUAAGUCAACAUUAAGAGAGAUUUUACUGAAUGAAGUAAAUCCGCCAGCAGGGUAAGCUGAAUAACCUUGUUUUUGAGUUGAAAUAAUACGAUUGUUUUGCUUACACCGCUGGCAGAUUAUUGAUCUUAUAAGGAAAAACUCACUUAAUUAUGACUUUUAUUUCUGAAAACGACCGUAUUUUUGCUAGAAAACGCUUCUUGAUUUAAUUAAUGUAUCAUUUAAUUUCAUUUUAAUCAAAUGUUUGGAUAUUUGUGCUAUAAACAAAUCAUAAACUAUUAUUUUGCAGUGCAAAACUUAAAAUGUUCCACAUUUACUCACCUUCAGGUGGCUUGAAUGAGUUGUUGAACAAAAAAUAAGAUGAUAUUGGAGUUAAUGAAGAAUGAACUAGAGCAGUGUUUCUCAACCACGUGUUUCUCAACACUACAUGUUUUGGAUGUCUCCUUUGUCUGUCACUCCCAUUACACCUCUUUCAGUCUCUGCUAAUGAGCUGAUGAUCUGAAUCAGGUGUGUUUGGCAAAGGAGACCCGGAAAUAUGCAGUGCUGGUGGUCCCCCAGGAACGUGGUUGAGAAACACUGAACUAAAGAACGCAAGCAUUUGACUUGCAUGGAAUUUUUACUUCUACUGUGGUUGUCUAACAUUAUUCUAGAUAUCUUAUUUUGUGUUCAGCAGAAACAAAUGAACUCUUUGGAGAGUUUUGAACAGCUUGAGGAUGAUUAGUAAAUGAUUUAAUUAAUGGUUGAAGUAUACAUUUAAAGGGACAGCUCACCCACAAAUGAAGACAUCAUUUACCCACCAUCAGCUCAAACAGUUUGGGUUGAUAUUGAUGUCCAUUAUAUGGACAGAAAUAUGAGGGAAGUCAAUGAUGAUCAGUGCUUUUCUUUACGGCGAAUUUUCUAGAAGAAAGAAAGACUGACAUGAUGGUAUGAAUUUUUGGGGGGAACUGUCCCUUUAAGAGAACAGUUCGGAGAUUUAAAGCGACAGUUCACUUAAAUAUUAAAGUUUACUUACUAUUUACUCUCCCUCAAGUGGUACAAAUCAGUAUCUUCUUUUAUUGUCUGUUUGUUGGUUCUAUUGAACAUUAAAGAAGAUCAUUUGAAGAAUGUUAGAAACCUGUAAACAUUGACUUCCAUAGUAGAAUAAAUAAACACUAUGGAAGUGAAUGGUUACAGAUAUGCAUUGUCCAAAAUAUUUUCUGUAAGAGUAAAUGAUGGCAGAAUGUUGAUUUGUAGGUGAACUGUUUCUUUAAUGAAGAUCUCCCUCAUUUGCAUGUUUUUUAUUUUUUCUGUGGAGCAAAAAUGAACAUAUUUCGAGGAAUGCUGGUUCAUAUUGACUUCCACUUACAUAAAUAUGAACACAAAUGAAGUGGAAGUCAGUUUGAGCUGACGUUUUCUGGGGUUUGUUUUUCUGCAGAAGGAGAAAAAGCAUGGAGAUCGAACAGAUAUUGUGAAAAUACAGCGGGCAUCAUCUUCUUAUCUGAGACUUAAAGGGUUAGUUCAUACAAAAAUUAACAUGUACUCACUGUUUACUCACCCUCAAGUGUUUCAAAACCUUUGAGUUUCUUCUGUUAAACACUGAAGGAGAUAUUUUGAAGAAUGCUGGAGACCUGAAACCAUUGACAUCCAUAGUAAGAAAUCAAAUACAAUGGAAGUCAAUGGUUACAGGUUUUCAGCAUUCUUCAAAAUAUCUCCUUUAAUGUUAAACAGAAGAAAUAAGCUCUUAAAGCAUGACUAAAUGAUGACAGAAUUUUCAUUUUCAGGUGAACUAUCUCUUUAAAAUGGUAAAUGUAAAUCUGGUGCUCUGCUGCUUUAACUGCUGCUUCAUUUAUUAGUUCCAAACAUUACAGAUUCUUUCCUGUUGAACACAAACGAUAAUAUUUUGAAGACGUCUGAAAACCGGUAACCAUCGACUUCCACACUAUUUGAUUUUCUACAAUGGAAGUCAAUGGUUACCGAUUUUCAACAUUCUUCAAAUUAUCUUCUUUUGUGUUUAACAUAACAAAAGAAGCUCAUAAUGGUUUGGAAACACUUGGAGAUGAGUAAAUAGUGAUUAAAUAUAUAUCUUUUGGUGUACUGUCUCUUUAAAUCUGGAUGUUCUUCCACUAAAACAGUGGUUCAGGUUUGGAGCGGUGUGUGUGUGUGUGUGUGUGUAAAUGCUGAAGUGAUGAACUCUCGGUUUAACACUGGCUUCUGUUCUCCAUCAGUCUCUCCUCCUCUUCUCUUUCACAUGGUUCACUUUGGAUUUCUUCCUCUUUCACUUUCUAGCGCUUCUUGCUUUCUGUUUUGCCUUAACGCUGUUGUGGACUUCUGUAUUGCGCUGUUUAUUUUCUCUCUCUCUCUCUCUCUUCUUUUCUCGGUUCAGUAUAUUUAUAUAAGUGAUGUAAGGAUUAUAAGAAAUAAUCUAUAUAUUCAGUGAUUCUUUUUCCCCGUGGAUAAGUUGAAGCCUCUCCUCUCCUCUCCUCGUUGUGUUCUUUGCGUUGGUUUUCCGUUGCCCGCUGUGCAGAGAGUAUCUGAGGUAUUUAAAAGUGCACAAUGAUUGCGAAUGUCUACUGUAAAUUCCAUUAAUCUCUUAUUUUCUGUUGGUUUUUAAAAAUAUAAAAGAUAACUCAAAGAUCA